AUGGUGUUUACUUCUCCUAGCUGGGUGCCGAAUCUCCCAAUUGAUCCUCCGGAUUCGAUACCUAUUGCUGAGUUUAUGAAGAAUGAGGCGUAUGGUCGCCGACCCAUUGCCAAGAGCAGACAUCCCUUUACCUGCGGUAUCACUGGUCGCUCAUACUCGUCACCUGAAUUGUUUGAGCGAUCAGAGUCCUUUGCGAGAGCUCUGGCAAAGCGUCUUCAAUGGCAGCCGAAUGAGGGAACACCUUGGGAUAAGGUUUUGGCUAUCUUCUCUCUGAACACAAUUGACUUUGUAACUGCCAUCUAUGGCGUUCACCGACUCAAUGGCAUAGCCACGCCAGCCAAUGCUGCCUACUCCUCUGAUGAACUGACUCAUCAACUCAAGGCAUCGGGGGCCAAGGCUCUUGUUACUUGUACACCUUUACUCGAGGUAGCACUUGAGGCAGCCAAGAACGUCGGCAUAUCAUUUGAAAACAUCUACUUGUUUGAUAUACCACGAGCUGAGCCUGCCUCAAGUUUCAAACAUACUUCUGUAGAAGAUCUUAUCAAUGAAGGUUCGAAGCUUCAAGAGCUGGAGAGGCUUCAGUGGGCUCAAGGUCAAGGUGCACGACAGACAGCCUUUUUAUGUUUCUCGAGUGGAACAUCAGGCUUACCGAAAGCUGUGAUGAUCUCACAUAGAAACGUCAUCUCGAAUGUGUUACAGCAUGUCACUUACGACUCUGUUGCCAGACGGAAGAAAGGUGUAGAGACACAAGCAGUGACUGGGUUUUUGCCCUUCUCUCAUAUUUACGGUCUUGUUAUUGCGGCUCAUACUUGCACGUGGCGAGGUGACCAGAUUAUUGUUCUCCCGAAAUUUGAAUUCAACGACUUCCUCAAGUCUGUCCAAGAGUUCAAGAUCCGGCAGCUGCUGGUGGUUCCACCGAUUAUCAUUCAAGUCCUACGAUUCAAGGAUAUUUGCGCCAAGUAUGACCUGAGCAGUGUUAGGUUUGUUUACUGUGGCGCAGCGCCACUGGGUGAGGAGACAAUUUCGGAUAUGAAGAAGCUAUACCCGGAUUGGACAAUUGCUCAAGCCUAUGGCAUGACGGAAACUUCAACUGUCGUCACUUCCUCAAGUGAAGACGAUGUCUUCACAAGAGGCUCUGGAUCCUUGCUGCCGGGUGCUAAAGCCAAGAUCAUUGACCUUGAGGGCAACGAGGUCACUGAGUAUGACAAGCCAGGCGAGCUCCUUGUUCAAGCCCCGUCAGUUGUGCUUGGCUAUUUGAACAACGAGAAAGCUACCUCUGAGACGUUUGUGCAUCACGAAGACGGAAGAUACAUCCGCACUGGAGACGAAGCUAUUGUGACUUUAGCUCCAUCUGGUCAUGAGCAUAUUGUGAUUGUUGACAGAAUUAAGGAAUUAAUCAAGGUCAAGGGCCAUCAGGUUGCACCCGCGGAACUCGAGGCUCAUAUUCUGACGAGCCCUCACGUCUUUGACUGUGCUGUGAUCCAAGUACCUGAUGAGAGGUCAGGAGAGGUACCAAAGGCUUUUGUAGUCAAGAGUUCUUUGGCCGAGUCUUUGGAUGAAGGCCAGGUGGCCAAUGAUAUCAUGAAGCAUGUUGCGGACAACAAGGCUUCCUAUAAACAGCUUAGAGGAGGUGUAGAGUUCCUGGAGGUUAUACCCAAGAGUCCAAGCGGAAAGAUCCUUCGUCGGCUGCUCAGGGAUAAGGAGCGAGAGAAGAGACGUGCUGAGGGGGCGAAGCUAUAG